AGUAUUUGACCAUGGAGUCCUCGUACGGGACGUCUGUUGUCGGAAGAUGUGCCGGAUGAAAAACGAAGUGUGAACUGCCGACGAUCGACGGUGAUGACGAUCAACCCGUCCUCGCGUGAAAAGCUGUGAUAGAACCGCGCGUCUCGUUCAUCGCCGAAUGUUGUAGUUCAUCGUGACGUGAGGAAUAUCAGAAGGCGAACGAUAUGUCAGAGGUGCUGAACAAAGAUCCCGAUACUUACGAUCGUGAGCGUCGGGAGUUCAUCCGCACCUUGAGGAGUUUUCAUCAGUCGCGAGGGACUCCGAUUCCGCGUGCGCCGAGAAUCAAUGGGAAGGAAGUGGAUUUGUAUCUGCUUUUCAGUCUCGUUUCCAGCCGUGGUGGUUACGAAAAGGUUAACCAUACCAACGAGUGGAGUGACUUCUUACCCAACUUCCUGGGAUGGAAGGACUGCGCAAAUGGUGCUGUCGCGCUGAAACAUUUAUACCUGAGGUAUCUGGAUCAUUACGAGAAGAUCCAUCGAGGGGUGGAAGUGGAAGAUGCGGAGGAUAUCGGCGACGAUUCCGGUCUGGGACUCGGGGGGUCUCGCCGACAUCGUCGAGGCGGCUUUCACAGCGUGCACACGGUUCCCCUGUCGUACAACCACAGCCAGCAUAUUUUGACGGAAUCUGUGCGUCAGCAAUGCGAGUUGGCCCCGGUGUCGGUGACGCCGUCGACGUACGAGAAGGUGUUGUUGUCGCUGUCGUCGAGUUUGCCGAACGAACAAGAGUUUGCCUUGAACAUCUUGACGCUGUUGUGUUCCGAAGGGAGCAAGGAUCCCUUGCGACUGGAGAAAUGUCCCGCCCUCAUCGACUACCUUCUGUUCCACGCCGGCGUUUUUCGUGACGAAUCGCUCCACCUUUUGAGCAAGGAAUACGUAGAGAGGCACGAGUUACCAGACAUGGCGUCGUAUUGGGCAGAGGCCAUCCCGAACAGAGCCAUUCGAGAAACUUUGCUCUACGCACCUCCGGUUGUGCAUCAAGUCCCGGUGGGGAAAAAGCCGCGAACUUCGAUGCCUGCACCAUCCCCAGACGCCAUGGAAAUUGGCGAAAAAACUGAAGAAGGUGACGGCUCCAAUGAACAUCAGGAGAGACUGUCUGACUGUGAUAGCGUUGAAAUGGACGGUGUAAAAGAAGAGGAAGAAGUGGACGCGGAUUGCUUGUCUGCACGACGCGUUUGGGGCGAAACGGUGGCCCACGAACCGGAGCUAGCCGCGAGCCUUUUCUCGCCUGCCCGAGGCCUCGGGGCAACGGAUCGACGCGGCGUGAAGGCGUCUCGGGUGGCCCUCAUCAUCCACAAUGCCAGUUUCGAGGAGCACAAUGUCCCGACAUUAGCUGCGAAUCCAGCUUGUCUGAGGUUUUUGCUAAUGUGCAUACACGCAGCUGCCGGUGGAGGAACGGGGGUUCAAUUGUCUCACAUCGGUUGGAGCACAUUGGCUAAUUUGGCACCGGAAGUGCGAUUGUUGGAUCCGGACGCGGACCGGGUGUCGGCGCAAGUCCUGCGAACAGUCACGACGUCGUUGUUGGAGUCGGCCGAUCGAGCACAUAUCAUGGGAGCUCUGGAGGCCCUCGCCAGAUUGGCGUCCCGCGAAGGAAACGAGGAGAAUCUGUGCGCCUUUUUGCCGGAGUCUGUGUAUUAUCGGAUUUGCGAACUGAUGACUGUUGAAGAUAUUUUGUUGCUGUUGGUGACCCUGGAGACGCUGCUGGCCCUGACGAGUAUCGGAGGCAAGGUUUGCAAUUCGAUUGCAGAGCGGGCCCCGGGCUCGGUGGAUGCCUUAGUGUCGCUGUUGACAAUCGAAGCCCAGUCGUACGGGUCCAAGGCUUGCAUUCUGAUGCGAGUUAUUGAGACGACGACGACAUCGACUGUUCCCGGCGGCGUGACGUCCAGUGGCAUGGGCGAGGAAGAGACGUCGGUGUCUGUGGACGACGCCUCCAGACGCGGACUUGUCAAGAACACGCCGCCGGCGUCAAGGUCCACUUCUCCGGCGCUGCCCAUGAUGAUACAGAUGCAAAACAGUUCUGCAGUUGGAACUGGGACGCCGAUUCGAACUUACGGGGUGCCGGAUGGUCGCGUCGUCGUGGCGAAAACUGUCGGGAUGAGACCCCAGAUGAUGCGACCGGACGGGACUGUGUCGAAUGGCCCGUUGACGCCGCAAGGAGCAGUUGGGCCACGACAGAGUGGAGCAAUUGCCACUGCGACGCCGGGACCCGUGCAGAUACAGGCGUCAAAUGUCCAGUUUCGCAGUCCUCAGCCGCAUCAAGUGCGACCCGCUGCGCAAAUCACUGGCGUCGUUCGACCUGGGAACAUAGUAUUGGUGAAUUCUGCACAGCCCGUUGGGAUUCAGAGCCAACAACGACUGACUGUCGGCAAGACGUACGAUGCAGCGACGGGGAAAGUGGAAACGACGCACGUUGUGAGCAACUCGACGACGGAGACGGAGCAUGAGUCGUACGCUGUUCAAUGGAUCACGGCCAACUACGAGACGAAAGCCGGAGCGUCGAUAGAACAAAGCGAGUUAUAUAAGCAUUAUAUGGUGGGCAUGUCGUCAAACAAACGAGAACGGUUGCCGCCGCAAACCUUCGCCUACUGCCUCAGAAUGGUGUUCGGCAGUCAAGUGGGGCCGUUCCAGAAGAAGCUUCCUGGGGGAGCAAUCAAUCACUACCACUACUUCGGGAUCGCGAAGCGCCAAGCCCCUUUGGCGAUGACGUCGACGGCGACGACGGCUGUUCAGCAGCCAACGUCCACGACGAUGCCGACUACCGUUUCCUCCACGACGCCGGGUUCCGUGCCGACGACGGUUAUGGCGAAUGGCGCGGUUGGCAACUAUGUCCGAGCACCAACAGGAGGUCCACAGCCACACGUGGUGCGGCAACAGGUGGUUAGCCUGAGACACGCGGCGCCUGCGCCGCCGUCCGUCACUACGGCCGCCGUGGCGCCUGUUAUCGUCCCGGCGACCCAGGCUGUCACAACGCAGGUGGCGGCGCAGAACGGCAGCAUCCCGAGGCUCCAGCCGGGCAGUCCGAUCCUGAAGGCCCAGUUGAGCACUCCGCCGAGAAACACGCAGAGUGGAGGAACGACAACCCGACAGUCACGCGCUAAUGAGCGGCGGGAGCGUAACCACGAGCUCGGGUUCGGACGGGCCGAUGAUCCCUCAGACGGUGGUUACGCUCACCGAGUCGGUCUCGCCGCCGCUUCAAAUGCCGCCGCUGACGGCGAAAAAUUCUACGACGGAGGACGCCGACGACCAACACCGGCAGCAGCAGCAGCAACAACCACAACCACAGCUGUGGUUACGCUCACCGAGUCGGUCUCGCCGCCGCUUCAAAUGCCGCCGCUGACGGCGAAAAAUUCUACGACGGAGGACGCCGACGACCAACACCGGCAGCAGCAGCAGCAACAACCACAACCACAGCAGCAACAAACAAAUUCGAGCUCGUUGAUAAAGUCCCUCUUGGCGACGAAGGUUUCGCAAAAUCUGGAAAAGCUGCGGAAAAGGAAGGUUGAGGAUGAAGAGGGGAAAAUGCGAGGGACGGAAGCGCCGUGUGAAGCGAUCAAAAACCAAAUGAGCACUGGUGAAGGGUUCAACUUGAGUUUCGCAGGCGUUGGCGACCACUGCGCUGACGGAAACAACGCAGUUCCACGUACAGCAUUGGUGUCGCAGCCAGCGACGACGUCAUCGACUCCGACGCUCGUCGUCCAGCCUGGUCAGCAGUCGCAGCAGGUGUACGUGCAGCGCACGAACGGAGCCAAUUACGUCGUCGUUUCUUCUUCUGUGGCCAGCGCGUCAGGGAUUGCCGCCGUUCAGCAGUCCCCAGUCAUGGUGCAAGCAGUCUCUUCCGGUGCGUCUAUCCUGGUCGCCUCUAAUGCUGAAGCCCCGCAGCCGUCGCUGGUGACGACGUCCACUGUGCAGAAGCAUCAUUUAGCUGUGAACGACGUGUCCAAGCAAGGCAAGGGUCUUCUCGCGGAAAUGCUGGAGCGGGAAGUGCACAACGAGCUGCCAGCCAACGGUACAAUCGAUCGGGAAAUCCGCAUUAGCGAAAAGGGACUCGAGCUCGUGCCGCGUCCGGGCAGUGACGAGGUCUUGGUCAACGGCGCCGGAGACGACUGUUCCAGUCUGAAGCGGAAACUCAACGAGCCUCUGCUGGAUGAGCCGGCGGCUAAACGGGCCGCCUCCAGCACGAGCCUGGACGUGGACAACAACGGCAGGAUCCAGUGCCUCGACGGCAUCAACGACGACGGCAUGUUGACGGACGACGACUUGCGGAUCGCGUGUCUGGACGGCGUCAAUGAUGAGUCGCCGUCGACGUCGUCGUUUUGCACUGACCAGGGCGUCGGCACGUCUGCGGACUCGGCUUACACGUCCGUCGUGGUGUUGAACCAGGGCCAGGCAUUUAUCCCGCACACGCAAAGUGGAGGACAGCCGCGGAUGGCGACUUUGACGCCGUCGCAGGCCGCGCAGAUGGCCCAGCGGCGACGGAUCGAACUCCCACACGUUUGUCUGAAUCCGGAAACGUGUGGCGAACCGGGAUGCACGGAAAAGUUCUUGGACUCGCUGGAGGAAAAUCGGGCGGCCACCAUGUCGACCGCCUCGGUCCAGGUUGCCGCUGGUGUUCAAGCUGCUCCUCAAGUCCAGGGUGCAGGUACCCAGGGGGGUCUCAAGAUCUUGUUGGUGCCGCAGCCGGGUGGUGGGACCCAGAAGCUGGCCCUGGUGGCCGGCUCUCAGCAGCUGAUUCAACAGCCGCAUCAGAUCGCGGUUCAGCAUUCGCCGGGUGCAGGCGGGCAGCAGACAGCCACUGUGGUCGUGUCUGCACCGCACGGGGUCAUGCAUCAUCAACAGCUCAUUCAAACAUCGGCUGCUCUUACACAGGUUCAAACCGGGACAGUGACGUACGCAGCCCAAUCGCAGCAAGUAGUCUCGGUUUCGGGCCACCCGUCGGGCAUGGCCACGAUGACUCGGGUGCAGGCACCUACAGCCCCAAUGCAGCAGCGCGGGAUGGUUCGACCAUCGGAUCCGUCGCAGACGAUGCCGUCGGCUCAGGCCCAAGUGCGUUUCGUUCAGCCGUCUCAGCCCACUCGUGUCAUCACGCCGUCGGCUCCGUCCGCCACCAUUCAGCCGUCGGCGAGUAUUGUGCGUCUCCCGAGCCUGGCGGUGGUUCGACCAGCGGCUGGGCCACAGUCGGGCUCGGUGGCGCCGGCACCACCGCCAGCGCCAGGGAUGCAGACUGCCGCCGGUCCUGUCGUUGCUUCCAAGUCGCUUCCCAAAGACGAGUUCCUUUGCGAAUGGGCUGGAUGCACCACGGCAUUCAAGCACGCCAACGAAGUGUACCCUCAUGCGUGUGCAUUCCAUUGCGGGGACCCGUCGUCUACGGAAGAAAUGACGUGUCUCUGGGGCAAGUGUGACGCGAUGAAACGGAAGAGAUUCUCCAUCAUGACGCAUUUACUCGACAAACAUUGCAACGAAGCGGCCCUGAAGGUGUCGCUGAAUCGACGGAAACGCACGGCGAUGGGAUUGCCGUGUCCGCCGGAACCGGAAAUAGUGACGCCGUCGACCCACGCCGGUUACGCGCCCAACGCCGCCUACCAGGCGAUUCGACGUCACGCUCUCGAAGGUGUUCAGCAAGCUUGUAAACAAGAGGACAAAGAAGGCCCAGUAACCAAGAGUAUACGGCUCACCGCAGCAUUGAUAUUGAAGAAUAUGGUGACCUACUCGGAUCAUGCCAAAAAGAUGUUAAAGUGUCACGAGUCCGAGUUGGCGAAUGUGGCGGCGAGCAACGUGGAGUCGUCCAGAACUGUGGCGCAAAUCCUGUUUGAUCUCCAGUCCUACAAGAGCUCUGUGGCAGCUUCCUGACGCUGAGGGACGAGGGCGGAAAGCGCAGCCUGCGAAAACUGAAAGAGGAGCAAAAACUCGCUGCGGGACGGCGAAGUAGGGAAGUCCCCACGAGUCAAAGUGAUCUGUGUUCAUGUCUUUUUUUUCUUCUGCUUUUCCUUUUCUCCGGCGCCGCUCGGGGAAUUGCGAAAGAGAGGAAAAACUGUGCUUUUUUGGAAUUAUGUAGUUGAAAUGGGAUGCAAAAAAAAAUCGGGGUGUGUGGAAGAGGAAGGAACAAACAAACGCGCGAGAUUUGAAAAGAGCGGCUUCCCCCCUCCCCCUUUUUUUUCGUUGGUUUGUGUCCGAGCUCUGCCCAAGUGCGUGGGGUUUUUGAGCCAUUUUUGUUUGUUUUUUUCGGGUCGAGAAGAGGAGGAGCGACGAAUGAAGUCGAGGAGGGCAGAGUAUCAAUUUUUUUUUUCAAUGUAAAUGUCGAAUUCGAAAACUUGUGACGGUUGGUUAUUUUUUAUUGUGUGUGGGACUGUUUCAAUGGGAGGCGAACUCCAAUUUUCAAGUUUUUACGUUGGAGAGUCCCUGCUCGGCCGCUUUUGAGCGCGCGACUUUUGCCGCUUUUUUUGUUUGUUUCUUCUGCUGAGUUCAUUAAGAGGAAGAAGAGAAGGGUGUGCUGUGGUUGUCAUAAGUUUAAGUUUCAUGGUUUUUUCUUUCUUUCCUCAUGAUGCGGCAUGCGUGGGUUGCGGGACCGUUUCUUGAUUUUGCCUGCGGAUUAUAAUGAAAGGUCCGAAGUUGUAA